GGGAGUGCAAGGCGACCGCCAAACAUCUGUCACUGAACGAGCGAAGAGUGCGUCAGCCAGUCAUUCAGCUCCGUUUUUUCAGUCCCCCGAAAAUCGCGACGCACUGUCAUGGCACCCGCUCUUUUGUGAUUUUUUGAGAAGCACGGCCACGCACACGCACACACGCGAGUCCGCAGUCGCCCUACAGUCGUCGCGCGCUCGGCGAUUUUUACCACGGAACAGGCGGAAACCACUCUCUCCCUCGUGCACACGAUAAAUAAAUCAUGAGCUCAGGUAGACCGAUAAAAUGUGUAGUGGUAGGAGAUGGGACAGUAGGAAAGACCUGCAUGUUGAUAUCGUACACAACAGACAGUUUUCCUGGGGAGUAUGUACCUACCGUGUUUGACAACUAUUCUGCACCAAUGGUUGUUGAUGGAAUUCCAGUAAGUCUAGGGCUAUGGGACACGGCAGGGCAGGAAGACUACGACAGACUGCGUCCUCUUUCCUAUCCUCAGACAGACGUGUUUCUCAUUUGUUUCUCAGUAACGAGUCCCUCGUCAUUCGAAAAUGUCACCAGUAAAUGGUAUCCUGAGAUAAAACAUCACUGCCCAGAUGCACCAAUGAUACUCGUAGGGACAAAAAUAGACUUACGGGAUGACCGUGAAACGCUUACUGCCUUAGCUGAACAGGGCCUUAGCGCUAUCAAGCGUGAACAGGGACAGAAGCUGGCAAACAAGAUUCGUGCGGUAAAAUACAUGGAGUGCUCCGCUCUUACGCAGCGUGGACUGAAACAGGUAUUUGAUGAGGCAGUACGUGCCGUUUUAAGACCUGAACCGCAGAAACGUCGGCAAAGAAGGUGCAUUAUGUUAUAAACGACGAAAGGAAUUGAAGGGAAUCAUAGGUAUAACACAUAUAUAAAGCAACAGAUCAAAAUAAAUUUGAUCACGUAAAGAAAAAAAAAGAAAUACGAAUGUUUUAAAGAGAAGACUAAUAGUAUACAUGCAUUUUAACGAAUUAUUCUCUGGCAGCUAUAGAAUAUACCAUAUUAUGGAAAGAGUACAAUUAAAAACUUCCUUGUCUCGACUCGAGUUGUGAUGCUAAAUUCAUGACCAGAAAGUUUUAGACAACGAGAAAGUAAGAGGAAAGAAACAAAAGGAUAGACUAAAUACAUAUUUAGCAGCAUUUGCAGGAAAAAGUUUACAAGUUACAAGCUUGCAGAUGUCUUUCCUUGAACUUGCAUUUAUACUUAUAUUUGCAUAACAAUAAAAAGAUAUGUGACCAUAGUAGUGUGCAGUCAAUAGUUUAGUGGAAAACGAUUUAUGACAUUUUUCUUUCUUAUAUGCUACUGAAGAAUCUUUGUUAAUUAAUAUCGCGGUCCUGCAAAUUGAUGAUACAGUGUAAAUGUGCUGUGAUGAUUAAAAGCAUUAAGUACUGAAGCUUUACUUAUCAGGGCUGCCAGAUUUUUGACUUUUUUACAUUUACAAUAGAAACAUUGAUUUUAGUACACAUAACGUGAAUAGCUAUCAUAACAAUCAUACAUGCUGAAAAGUUUUACACGUAUGUAAAACUAGUAUUAUAGAAUUAUUUAAAUGUACAGUGCCAUAGCAACGAAAAAUCAAAUGAAUCUUACAAGCACUCUUAAUAAAUCGGUUUUAGACAAUAUAUAUUUUUUACUAACAUACGAAAAUUUUUAAAAGAUUAACAUUUAAACAAGAUAUAAAUAGAGCCAGAGAAAUUACAAGUGCGUAAUGAUUUUUUAGACAAAGAAGUAACAUAUUUGUCUUUCCAUUUUUUGGGGCAAUUGAGAUUUUUAUUUUUAUCUGGUUAUUCAAACAAAAUACUGCCAUAAAAUAACGUAACAAAAACGAAAAUUUCAUAGUAUUCCUAAUAUAUUAUUAGAGAAGAAAAAUCGAUAAUUUUAUGUAAUAAUUAUUUAUGUAAAUUAACUUUGAUCAAGGGACACGGUGGUAUCUCGCGCCAAGUGUACACGUGGCGCGAGACCGCUCCGUAGAUCUAUGCGCGAACCAGCACGUUAUAAGAAUUUAAGAAAUUAUCGGAUUAUCCAUAACGACAAACCGAUCUGAAUAGGCUCAAUCGAUAGUUUAGGUUUAAAUUGCAUAAUGGUGCAGAUGAGACAACAUUUGUUGUUUUAGAAUUGCGACAUGCCUGUGUGUUGAAAGGAAUAAUAAUAUUGUGUAUGUGCAUUAAUAUCUAUUAUUUUGAUAAAUUAAAAAACGGAAAAUAUUUUAAUAUGAUUUUAUACAUGUAUUACAGGAUUUUAAUAUAAUUUUCUGUUUAAUACAUAAUGUUUUUUGUGUGCGCUUGUAAAAGGGUUGAAUAUUAUAGUUCUUGCAUUGGUGCAAUUUAACUUGACUAUUGAUAUUAUUCGAAUUAAACGUGAACUGAAUAUUCUUUAUAAAAAGGUAAUAAUCAAAAGAAGUGUAACAGAUGAUAAAAUACAAAAUGCUGAUAACAAAUAUACAGCGAUGCAAAGUCCACCUAAAUUGAAAUAUAUAAAUAUAGCACAUGUAUUUUCUUAAAUACCAUAGUAUAUCUCACCCUCUUCCAUUUAUUUGUAUGAAAAUUGUUUACAUAAAAAAUACGGGAAAACUACGAUGAUUUAGAAAGAUAGUAGAUAUCUUGUACAAAUAAGUAUAAAGUUAAGUCCAUAUCAACAUUGUCUCUAAUUCAUCAUCUUAUUAAUCGAUCAUAAUUGCGAUUGUACUUUUUUACAGAUUUUUUCUAUUUAUAUUUAGUUAAAAAAGAAUUAAGUUUUAUAAAUACAGAUAUUAUAUAUGCUCUCUAAAAACUUGAUGGUAAAUUAAUGAAAUGGAUAUUAUUCUUAUGAUCAUGCUAUUUUUUUAUAUUUAAAAGUUUAGGAUAGAACAGAUAGGACCUUUGUGCCAUAUGCUUUCCAUUUGUAAAACGGACAACCUUAUUCCAAUUAAUUUUUAUAUUCAAAACAAAUUCCCAAAGAAUUUACAAUGUUCCAAAAUUGAAAAAAAAAACAUUUAAUACCUGAGUGACUGCAAAUGUAUAAUUUAAAAGGAUAAUUUCACGUUUUACUUUAAAAAGAAGAUUGAAGAUAAUUUUGAAAUAAUGAAAAGCAUAAACUUUCUUCUCACAAUCUGCCUCAUUAAUAUUAAUUUAUAAAACAUAAAUUUUAUGAUUUGCAUAAAAAGGCUUAGUGAUCGAUGAUCGUUUCGGCUGUUCUAGUCUCAGAAUGCUGUAAGAAGCAAAUGAAAAGGCAUAUAUUACAAUUUACUAGAUGUAUAUACUGUAGCAUAGAAGCAUACUCUAAAUUUUAUCGAAUCUCUGUCUCUUAAGACGUAUAAUUUUGGCUUGUUAUUUUACUCUUCGAAUCUUUAUGCGCCAAUAGGUCUUAUCAUGAUAUCAUUUGAUUAGUUAAAAUACUGCAGUUAAUGUUUGUCUUCUGUUUGAUUUGUGUGACAUAUUUGAAAUAAAAUAUAACAAUCGUUAAAUAAUUAUAUAUAAUUAUUUAGCGGUAACACAUAUAUUUAUAUAUUCACUUUCAACAAAAGUUACAAGAAUAAAUUGCUAGAAUAUUCUCUGAAUUGAAAGUUUAUAUCUUAAACGAUCAAUUCUAGCAAUUCUUCGUUUAUUGCAAGUUUUAAGACAGUUUAAAUUUUUUAUAUGUAUACCUUUGUAUAUGUAUGAUAAUGCAUUAGUUAAGUAUAAUAAUACAUCACAAUUAUGUAUUAUAAUGUAAUACACAGAUUGCAUUUUUUGUAAGUAGUGCACUUAUCUUACAAAUUACUUACCACGUGUUUCUAUUCUUUUAUGUAUAUUACCAAAAUGGAUUACCAGUAACGAUGCAGCAAUACUUAUUGUUUUUAUACCGAUUUUAUAUGUAUUUUUUAUAUAAUUUGAGAGAGAUUAUAGACAUUUAAUAUCAUUUAUGAUUUAUGAUUAUUAAAAAGCAAAUUGAUUACAGAAUUUAUAUAAAAUAACAUUUUAACAUUACUGACGAGAUAGGUGUGCGGAACUACUAUACUAUAUAUUCUGUAUUUCCCAAUGAUGAGCUUUAAUUUGGGCAUGAUGUAAUUUAAAUUACACUACUUACAACUUUUGCAUUAAAAUGGAGAUGGAUGUAGAAAUUCCUUCUCAUCUUUUCUCUUUUUAACAAAAUCAUCGAGGGAUUGCUAUGAACCAAAGUUAUAUAUUAUAAUUUAAGAUUUAAGAUAUUGUCUAUGUUUUUAUUAUGGAUUGCACAUAAAUAUAAAAAGGAAUGAAUGUAUGAAAUGUAAAGAUAUUCUAGUCAGAAUCUGCUUCUAACUUUUAUUUGUGUAUGUGAGUAAUGCUCUCAGAUUGCAUAUAAACAAAAAUAUAAUCCGUAAACGCAAUUUAAUGUGUGAGUGGACAAAGUGGAAAAUAAAAACAGAAGAAAAACGGAUAUGAAAGUAAAGAUGCAACUUAAUACUGUCAAUUUAGAUAGAAUGCAAAACCAAACGAUGUGUGGGAGUAGAAAUUCUGUAGAAAUUACAAAUAUAUGUAUAUGUGCUAGGAUACGUAACUUUAAUUAUGAGUAAUUUAUAAACAUUUAUCUAUUUUCGUAUAUAUAACAGAAUUUGUUAUUUAUAUACUAACAGGACAGCAUAAGAGAGCGUCUUGUCAUGUUUACAAAUUUUUUAAAUGUACUGAUUUACAAAUUUACAAAUAAUGAUAUACCUCACACCAUUAAUUUUAUAAAUUUACUUUACAAAAGGACAUAAUGUCUCUACAAUCGUAUAUUCUCUAUGCUUAAUGCACUCUUUUGCUGUCAACCUGAUAGCGAAAACAAAUAGUGGCCUCGAAAUUUAAUUUCAAUUAUCUCAUUUUCUUUGUGAAAAAAAUUAUUCUCAUUAACAAUGGCUGCAUUCCAGGAGCGCAUUAUCGGCGCUGUCGUUUUGUCUAUGUUGUUCAUUAAACAUAAAACAACAAGCAUAGAUUGGCAUUGAUAGUGACCUCCUCAAAUGCAUCCCUAGACAAUUGUGAGUAACACGCAUAUUCUAUAUGGCACUAGGAAGCAUUUAUUUUUUAUUUACAUGUAUUUUGAAAGCAACUUUUUCAAAUAAAUGAUAUGAUAAAAUCA